AUGGAAAAUAAUGCUCGUUUAUUUUGCCCUCAUUUAGAUCCACCUAAAAUAAAUUUCAGUGCAAAUCCAAUCUAUACAGCCCUGGAAGCUAAUGAAGAGAUAAAUAUUACCGUCUAUGGAAAACCGAAACCUGAUUUCAUCUGCACAGACAUUGACAUAACAGAACCUCGUGAAAUAGUAGAACUUCCAGACGAUAAACCAGGACUCAGUCGAUAUGUCAUGCGCAUUAACAGUGUGACUGCUAAUGAUUUGGGAAAUCACAUGUGCUCGGCAACAAAUAAAUUUGGCACCGAUAACAAAUACCUUAAAUUUACGCUUACUCCAUCCAAACCAGAGGUUGUUUCCCCUCCGUAUUCCAACCAUGCUGAUUACUACCUUUUGGGAUGGAGAUCGAUGUCUAAAUCAAUUAUGAAAAAUGCUACAAUCAAAAUUAAAUCUUACAACGAUGGUACGGAAGCAGAAGACACCAGAACGGUUUCACUAAACGAUCCGUUGGUGGCCAAAGGAAAUACCUCUUCGGAGGAGAUUCAGGAGUUUUGGCAUCACUUGGCCAAUUUGGCUCACGAUUCCGAACACACUGUCCACAUUCGAGCAUGCAAUGAAUACGAUUGCACGGAAUUCGAUCUUCAAGUACCGAAUGUAAAAUUCAAAACAAUGAAAGACAGUAAUUUGAGCACACCAUUUAUCCACUCAACUGCAGUUCUUUUUUGGCCUUACACAAAUUUUGUAUCUUUAGGUUCCCUUAAAAUCGAUCCAUCUCUCCUGCUUUUGCCACCUUCGGCUUCUCUUCGAGGUAAUUGUAUAAAAUGCGCAUUACUAAUUGGUCAUAUAUUCCUUUGCAUUAUAGCCAGUUAUUAG